CAGAAGCAAAUGUGGCAUUCUAUCUGGGGACAGGAGACGGAAACAGAACCCAGACGCACCAGAGGGUCUGUGAGCAGAACAAGCAUGUUCCCUGUGACAACUAGAGCACCGCCUCGGGCGUGGCCAGGCUACCCAGCUGGUCCUGUGUACGAGAAUCUGCACGCUUCCUUCCACGCUUCCUUCCUUCCUCUCAGUUCCUCCCUCACCAUCUUACCUGGGGGCAGGUAAUAAAGCAGGAGGAGGGAGAUGGAUGGACUGGGAGGGCGGGGAGCCACGUGGUGUCAUAAAGCCCGGCUAGAGAGGGCCUGUCCAGAGAGUGUCCAGCCAGCGAGCGCCAACAGUCAGAGUGGACCAGCAGCCCUUUGGACCCGAAGCAAAAGCUGCAGGGCCAGGGCAUAGGCCAUGCUCCGAGGCACGCCAGGACUAGGCCUCAGGGAACUGAAGCGGAGUGAGGGUUCUCUGGAGGACUUGGGGCGCUCUUGCCCCAAGGCUGGCAGGAAUUUCGGAGCGCUGAAUCGCAGCCUGGAUGAAGCAGAGGAGGCGACAGGCAGAAGGCGCGAGCGGCCCGCCCGGUCCAAGGCGCGGCGCAUGGCGGCCAACGUGCGGGAGCGUAAGCGCAUCUUGGAUUACAACGAGGCGUUCAACGCACUGCGCCGGGCGCUGCAACACGACCUGGGUGGCAAGCGGCUCUCCAAGAUCGCCACGCUGCGCAGGGCCAUACACCGCAUCACUGCGCUCUCCCUGGUCCUGCGUGCCAACCCGGCGCCCCGCUGGCCCUGCAACCACCUGGAGUGUCAUGGCCAAGCUGCUCAAGGCUCAGGCGCAGGGGACUCCGGCUUCAGUACUCCUCGGUCCGCGUCCCCGACCCCAGCGCCUGGUCUCGUGCGCAGGGAUGCCACCAACUCCUUAGUGCCGCCUGCACCGCGCUGCGCUUCGUGCUCCCCGCACGCGCACUUGGGGCGGCCCAGGGUGGUGGCUGAAGGGCCCGGUUUGGCCCAGGCCUCCGGGGGAAGCUGGCGCCGAUGUCCCGGGACUCCCCCUGUUGGAUCGAUUCCGUGGCGGUGGGGCUCCGGGAUGGGCUACCAGCACUCCUGACUCGCCCCAGAGGGAAAUCGGGUUAGCUGGCAGAAUGACGACUGCAAAAGAGAAGACUGUAAAAAGUCUUCCCGGACAGAGCAAAACUGGAUGGGGUGCGACUUGAGUGGCUGCCUAAACAGCGGGAAGGAACUCUGGGGGCCAGGGCAGCCUUCCCACACCCUAGCCUGGGGUGCUGAAGGAGUGAGAUCUUAGGUUUGGACUUGACCAACCUUUUCUUCCUGGAAAGUGGCCUCCUUUGCUCUUGCUGCAUUUGGACAGUGGGACUCGUGGAAUUUUGUGGUGGACAGCUGUUCUGAUCUGAGGGCACAUGCUGUGGCCCUCUUACCAUGUCUGGGCUGCUGUUG